AUGCGUGGGAUUCCCGACUCAGUUGUGCCUCCGCUCGCACUCGCGCUCAUUGAAAUUCCGUGCCCUCGAGGCCGUUCCCCGUGCCCUCAAGGCCGUUACGGUCGCCUGUGGGCGAAGAGGGGCCGUCGCCUGCGCGGCGCAGCUGAGCCUGAUCGAUAUUCCGCGGAGAGAGGCACGGGGAAUGCGAGACACUCGGGGAUCGGCCGCGUUCACUGCGUCUUUCACUUCGCCCGGUUCAUCACAGCGAUAGCGAGUGUCAUCCUUCCGAGUGACAUCCUUCGGGGCGCGAUGUCGUGCUGCAAGAAAGAGAAGCACGCGGAGGUGCAGGAAUACUACGGGAAGGAGGUGAAGAGCCAGAAGGACCUGAAGAGCGUGGCGUGCAUCGUCCAAGGCUCGACCAAGAUCCCCCAGCACGUGAAGCAGUGCCUCGCGAACGUCCACGAUGAGAUCAUGGCCACGAACUACGGGUGCGGCUACCCGUUCCCGGACGGUUUGACCGGCUGCAAGGUCCUCGACCUGGGCAGCGGGACGGGCCGGGACGUCUUCGUCCUCAGCCAGCUGGUCGGGGGGGACGGCGCCGUCGUCGGGGUCGACAUGACCCCCGAGCAGAUCGCGAAGGCCGAGGAAUACGCGGACCACCACAUGAAGAAGUUCGGCUUCGAAAAGUCCAACGUCAGCUUCAAACUGGGCUACAUGGAGGACCUCAAGGGCCUCAAACUCCAGGAGGACUACUUCGACGUCAUCGUAUCGAACUGCGUGGUGAAUCUCUGCCCGGACAAGCGGGCCGCUCUGGCCCAGGCCUUUGAUCACCUCAAGGUCGGAGGAGAGCUGUACUUUAGCGACAUCUACGCCAGCUGCCCCGUGCCCAAAGUCCUCCAGGAGAACAAGGACCUCUGGGGCGAAUGCUACUCCGGCGCCCUGUGGUGGGAGGACCUCCACUCCAUCUGCGCCGACGUCGGCUUCCACAGCCCCAUCAUCAAGGAGUCCAAGCCGGUCCCCGUCACGACCGAGGAGCUCCAGCGGAUGCAUGUCGACGAGCUUCCCAAGGACCUGACGUUCGCCUCGGUCACUUACCGCCUCUUCAAGCCGUCUCCCUCCGGCGACGAUGCCUCCCCCAAGGCUGCCACCUACGACGGCGGACUCCAAGGAUGCUCUGACUCCUUUGAGUUCGCCCACGAUCUCGUCUUCAAGGUCGGCUCCUUCCGAAUUCGUGUGUUUCUCGUGGUGAAAUGA